AUGGUACAAACAAUUUUCGGCUUAAGGAAUGUGAAUAUUUGUUGUACUUCAAACGUGAGGGUCACAAAAGAAGAGCGCGAGGAAAUGGUGAAGUUUCUUUGGGGCAAACGCGGGGGCGUCGAAGGAGACGACGCGGGCGCAGAACCGGGAAGAGACGUGCGCGGCAGACGCGUUCCCGCCGCCGCAGCGUUCGCUGCUAGCAAAACUACCAGCCACCACCCUGACAUCACGAUAAAGGCGCAACACGACCUCCUAUCACGCUAA